UUUCUUGCACCAGGUCUGGAUGAAGUGGAGAGUAUCUACAUCUUUGCCGAUAACGAGAUUAUUGAGUAUGAUGGAGAGCUGGCCGCCGACACCUUGGUUGAGUUUCUUUAUGAUGUGAUUGAAGAUCCCGUGGAGAUCAUUGGCAACGACCGUGAGCUUAAGGGUUUCCACAACAUGGAUGAGGUCAUCAGGCUUGUCGGCUACUUCAAGAGUGAAAAAUCUUCUCAUUUCACUGAGUAUAAAGAUGCCGCUGAGGAGUUCCACCCUUUCGUCAAAUUCUAUGCCACAUUUGACCCCAAGAUUGCCAAGAAGCUGAAACUGAAGAUCAAUGAGGUUGAUUUCUAUGAGCCAUUUAUGGAUGAACCUGUCCCUAUUCCAGGAAAGCCCUACAUCGAGUCUGAGAUUGUUGAAUUCAUUGAGCAGCAUGAUAGGCCCACUCUGAGGAAACUUGAGCCUUACAACAUGUAUGAGAUCUGGGAGGAUGACAUUGAUGGAGAACACAUUGUUGCCUUUGCUGAGGAAGAUGACCCAGAUGGCUUUGAAUUCCUGGAAAUUCUCAAGGAAGUGGCACGUGAUAACACUGAAAACCCUAACCUCAGCAUCAUCUGGAUUGAUCCUGAUAAUUUCCCUCUGCUGGUUCCAUACUGGGAAAAAACCUUCCGCAUUGACCUCUCUUCUCCUCAGAUUGGUGUAGUUGAUGUUGAGGAUGCUGACAGCGUGUGGAUGGAAAUGGAUGAUGACGAUGACAUGCCAACAGCUGAUGAGCUCGAAAAGUGGAUCGAGGAUGUUCUGUCUGGAAAGAUUGAUCCAGAUAAUGAUGACGAUGACGACGACGACGAUGACGACGACGACGAUGAUGAUGAUGAUGAUGACGACGAUGAUGAUGACGACGAUGAUGAUGACGACGACGACGAUGACGACGACGAUGAUGAUGAUGACGACGAUGACGACGAUGAUGAUGACGACGACGACGAUGACGAAUAAAUGUUUUCUACUAUGUUUAAUUUCACUAUGAUUAAAACACAAAUGUAGUACCAGGUUUUUUCUAACAUCAUGUGGGGAAUCCCCCCCUCACAGGUUUCCUACUGGGGACAAAUGUUAUGACCUUACAGGGAACUUUUUGAUGUCAGUUAGAAAAGGAGAUUUUCAGAGAUUACUGUCUUUGCUGACAAACAGGUUGCAGAUUAAAAUGUUACAGUAUUUACUGUAUGCCCUUUGACUGCAAAAAAUGGUAAUGACUUCACAGUGAAUGUGAGUAUAGAGACAACUUAAUGUUAUAGACUGUGGUUCACCCAUUUCUCAUUUUCUCUAGUAUACUGUAAGCCUGUUUCUAAUGACAUGUUUUCUACUUGAGGACAAGAAACACUUUCUUGUAAAGUUUUUAAAGAAAAUAAAGGUAAAGAUACUCGACAGUCUUAAAA